UGAAGGAAUGUGAGAGAGUAUGGGAGACGGGACGGACUGAGUGUUCCAGGUAUUGAAGAGGUCUGAGGAAAGGAACCUAAGAGACCUCAAACAACAAAAGCAGACAUCACUUUUUUCCCCACACCGGCCCUGCCAGUGUUCGGCUAAGGAUGGUUUGCUCAUAGAUCACAAAGCUUGGGAGACGGGGCAAAAGCAGAAGUGACUGAGACUGUGGAGGCAAAGAAUAAUGGAGAUGAAGCCACUGACAGAACCUCCGUGGAGUCACGAGAUGUACCUUUCCCUCACUUCAGUGUAACCUCACCAUUUAGACUUUAGCUGCAUCUCGCCCGUGCAUUUGCCUACAGGACCAUGGGUAGCGUCAGCAGUGUCCUCAAUGACAACAGCCUCAGCAGCAAACACUGCAAGGCAUCUCAGCACAGGUUAAAGGAGGAAACAACCAGCCACAGAAAGAGUGGAGGUUGCAACCUUGACGGGUUACUGAAGUGCGGCUUCACUCAGGGCUCCUCAUCCUCCACUCAUCCCUCCAAAGGCCUCUCCCACUCAAGGUCUGGAAGAAGUGAAGACUUUUUUUAUAUUAAGGUAAGCAAUAAACCGAGGUCAACGCACCACAGAGAGAGAUCAGCGGAGGGCCAGGUAAACAGAAAUGGGAAAUCUGAUGGGCCGAUGCAACCAAAACUGCUGCUCAUGUCUGGAAAUGUGACUGAGAAGACAGCACAUGGAGGAGAGAUAUGGGAUGCAGAGGGAAGGAAAAGAGGACAGAAAGAAGCGAAGACUUCUGCUGAGAAGUCAUCGGUCCGUUCCACUGCCUUCAAGUGCGUAAAUCCCACAAGGACUUCAUCCACAGAGACAGGCCACAACAGCCUGGAUCACAUCCUUUGUCCUCUGAAGAAAGCAAGCAGUCCAAAUAUUAGAGACAAGCGGGACACUUCAGGCACUCUGUCCGACUCUGGACGUAACUCCAUGUCUAGCCUUCCCACCCACAGCACCAGCGGAAGCCUAAGUGCUUCCACAGGCCCUGUCAGUCACAGCGAUGGCAGCUCCGCUCCUGCAAAUAGCCUCAGCAAGGGAGUACAACCCAAUUUCCCUCCAUGGGUCAACGGGAAUAGCGCUAACCUUGACUGUAGUUACGGUGCUGAUUUAAACAGCAGUGGGUUGGUAUCUAAGGCUAAUGAGGACGCCGGCUCCCCACUCUCUGCAGAUGAGCCGAGCGCUCUCUCUGAAACUGCAGGUGGGAUUCGGUCUCCCAUAACUACAGAUGAGUCACUGAUUGAACGCUUGGAACAAAAGCUGCUGGAGAGAGAAAGUGAACUACAGGAGCUGCAGGUGAGUUUUGAGGAGAAGGAAACAGACACCUGCCAGCUGUUUGAGGAAAGACAAAGGUACUGUGCUGAAGAGAUGGAAGGGCUGAAGCAGCGAUGCUCCACAAAGCUACGCCAAGCGUCCCAAAUGGCUGCAAAAACACAGCAAGCACUCCAGCUGCAAGUCAGCCAGCUCCAGGCAGAGAAGGAAAGGCUUCAGGAAGACUUCUCGAAGCUAACUCGGGAGAAGGAGCUUAUUGAGCUCAGACUAAAGGCUUAUGAGGCAGAGAGCACACAGCUAGCUCCGACCCUCGAGGAAACUCAGUGGGAGGUGUGCCAAAAGACAGGAGAGAUCUCACUGUUGAAGCAGCAGCUAAGAGAGUGCCAAGCGGAUGUCAGCCACAAGCUGAAUGAGAUAGUUGGCCUCAGGGCAUUGCUGAAGGAAAAAACGGCAAAAAUGGGGAUUCUGGAGAAACAGAACAAAAACCACGAGGACAGUCUUCACUCCCGCACCAUAGAGAUUGAGGUGUGCCAAAAUGAACUCCAGCGCAAAAAGAACGAGGCAGAUCUUCUGAGGGAGAAAGUGGGCAAACUGGAGAAAGACAUUCAAGGAAUGAAACAGGAUCUGGUCACUGCCAAAGAGCAAAGGCUGCAGCACAGUUUGCAAGUCAGAACCCAUUCCCCGUCUCAGACCUCGGAAAGCCAAGGUUCAGAAUCCACAGACCAGGGGCGAGAGGGGGAGAACAAUGGGCACACCUCCACAGGAUCCCUCCAAAGAGAGGUGGACAGACUUAAGCAGCAGCUACGGGAGGAGAAGAAUGCUCAAAAGAGGCUAGCCAGCAGCUUUGAACAGGAGAGGCAGACGUGGAACAAGGAGAAAGACAGAGUUAUAAGGUAUCAGAAACAGCUCCAGAUCAACUACCUGCAGAUGCACAGGAAGAACCAUGACCUGGAAAGGAUCCUGAAGGAGCUGACAGCAGAACUGGAGAGCCGGACAGAGCUAAGCAUGGAUAUCGCCUACAGCUCAGGGUUACAAACUUAUGACGAUGUUAUUGCCACAGAGAUUUGAAAACUGACUGCUUUUUUCAGCCGUAGAUAAUUAUCUGUCCCUGUGUCUCAGGCAACGUCCCAACUGGAGUUCAUUCACUGCUAAUUAGUGUGUUUAAAGAGUUAUUUGACGGAAUAGCUGGUGAUGACAGUGUUAUCACUUGUUUAAAAGUAAAUACUAAAUUAUUUAAUAUUCGGGGGGGGUUGUUUGUUUUUCUGUCUAACAGGAUCACUUAAUGUUCAGCUGACUUAUUUCCUUCAUGAUUAACGUCUGAUGGCAAUACACAAUAAGCAUGGUAGCUGCUUAACAUCUGUCUCUCCCAGCAUGACCAAAUGACAAAGAUAUAUCAUCUACUGUGAGUCUGGGCUUCUUCGUUUUAAUUUGCUUAAUUUAUCCAUCUCACUGUACGCUCCCACAUUUUGUAUUCAUAAUGGGAUUGAGCAUGAAAUGUAGUUAAGCAUUUUUUAUUAGUCAUUUCAAAAACUAUACACAAUUAUAAAUGGUGGCUAUUUUCUAGAGACACCGGUGUAACAAAAGAAAUCCACAAAAUACAUAAUGAAGUCAUGUUAAGCUGCCAUGUAUUGUCAGUCUUCUGCAGUAUAAUGAGAGGUCUAUAUGCAAACAGACAACAGUGGCAUUAAUACAUCUAGUUCUUUAAAGUUCACUUGCACGAUUAGCAAAUUUACAUUGAUAAACUUUGCUGAAAAGAAGUCACAUCGAGUCCUGUUAUCAUGUAUACAUCAGUCCACUGAACACAUAUAUAUUUUUAAAUGUAAUUGUUCAAAUUUGUUUACUACAGCCAAUUCUACAAACACAAGCAGGGAUUAAAAAUGUUCACUGUGCAUCUCUCUGAUAAAAGAAGGACUGUG